CUUGUUUUCCAGUGAUGAAUCCUACAACAGCCCCGAUAAUGGUGACAGUGAGUUUGUGAAGUUGUAUGUUGUUUCGGAGAAGAAGCUCUUGCACCUCUUUAAGAUCUGCCAGAAGUGUGGACAUAGUGGAGCAGAGGCAAAUGUUGCUUCAAUGAAUGGCACUCUUGUCACCAUUUCUCAGCAUUGUCUGAGUUGUGAUGAAAAUACAAGAUGGAGUAGCCAGGAAAUGAUUGGGACUUUUCCCUCAGGCAACAUUUCUCUAUCCACGGCACUUCUUUGUUCUGGCAGUAUUCCCAGCAAAGCUGUCAGAAUGUUAAAGUUUUGGGGUGUACAGGGCUUCACUAUUCCGACAUUCAUCAUGCAUCAGCGCAAAUUCCUAAACCAGGCUGUCCGCAACUGCUGGGAGGAUGAAUACAUCCGCGUACUGUCAAAGCUUGACGAUGGUGUCCAACUUUCUGGUGAUGCCAGGUGCGACUCCAUGGGGCACUGCGCCAAAUACGGGAGCUACACCCUGCACAACAUAACGGACAAUGUUAUAGUGUGCACAGAGCUUGUGGUGUCGACUGAACCUGACACAAAAAAGAGUGCAGCGAUGGAAGUCUUAGGACUCUCACGCACUCUGGAUUUCCUUGACGCAGCACUGCCACACCUAAAAAUUGAGUUGACUACCGAUGGUCACACAGGCGUAGCCAAACAUGUACGGGAAGAAUGGCCUGGCAAGGUAACCCACUACCUUGACAUAUGGCAUGUGGCAAAAGGCAUAAAGAAAAGGCUCGCGAGUUUGGCAAAAAAGACACCAGAUGUGAAAUGUUGGCAGAGGAGCAUAAUAAACCAUUUGUAUUGGAGUGCAGUGACUAGUAACCAUGAUGGUAGCCUGAUUGUUGCAAAAUGGUCCUCACUGGCAAACCACAUUGUCAACAAGCACGAGCACGAAAAUGAGUUGUUUCCAAGGUGUGCUCAUGGAGCAAUUACCCCAAGACGCUGGCUUCAUCCAGCUUCAGAAGUAUAUGACAUUCUAUGUCGGCAAAUUCUACAGAACAAGGUCGUCUUGAAAGCUGUUUCAAGGUUGAGUUCAGAUGGUCAAACAUCUGGACUCGAAGGUUUCCACAGUACAGUAAACCAUUUUGCACCAAAAAUGUACCACUUUGGGUACCAGGGGAUGAAAAGCAGGCUAGAAAUGGCUGCAAUCCACUUCAAUGAAAAUGGCGGGAAAAAUCAGAAGAAAACUCGUGAUGGAAACCUGUCCUACAACAUCAGGUACCCCAAAAGCCAUGGAGGCCAGUACAUUGUGGUGCCAGUUAUGAACAACCCAACAUAUGGAUAUGUCGAUACAGUCCGAACAGAAGUUUUCCAACUUGUCAGGAGUGGGCAAACAUAUGAAAUCAAUGAUGACCCCCCUUCACUUUGUUCAGGACAUGCACGCCCAGCAUCAAAAGACAUUGCCAUUGCUGAACAUCGAGCACAUGCACGUUUCAAGAACACACAAAACUAGAUAGUGCAAAUUAUGAUAGUGACAUUCUUAUUUCCUUCUUGAUGAUAAGCACGAGUUACAUCAUUUGACAGAGACUGAAUCCAUAUUAUAUUAAGCAAUGUUUGGAAUAGACGAAACUGUUUGAAAAUGCAUGUACAAAGUAUUGUUUGUAGUAUUGUUUGUUUGUUUGGGGGGGUGGAUUCAGAAUUCGUGGUGUGUUAUGUGUAAAGGAUCUAUUACAUGGUUUCUGUUGCUAUAUUGUCUUUUUAUGAUAAUUUGAACACAUGACAGUCAAUGGUCUCGUUAAGAUGCAGAUUAUACAAAAUUUGAACAAGUUGCCAACUAAGUGUUAUGUGCUGCUGAAGCUGAUAUUUAAAAUAACAGAUCCCUUUUAUAUAACACACACAGAAUUCUGAACUCGCCCAUUGUGGUCAUUACUUUUACUCAAUGUCUAUGGCAUCUUCGAAUCCAACAAAUUGAAAAUUUUCUUCAAGUCCUGGUGGAGGGAAAAAGGCUCUAAUUUUGCUUACAGCACAUGAUGGAAGAACCACUCUUAUGUCUUUUCCCAAGUAGCCGUAGCACCACCGCACUAACUGUCGAUAUGCUAUAUGGCGUAAACGUCGGUGUCUUGGUCCAUUGCUGUGGGCAUUUUUACCAUAUUGUUGUCUAUAUUGAUACCAAGCUGUUUCCAGGACGUCUUCAUUAAUGCAUACUGAAUUGAACCCUUUCUGUGCGGUGAUACAUGUUGGUGCGUUCUCAUCUUCUGUUAACUUGGCUCGGUAUUCGUUGAUAUCCCGACAGACGCACUUCGCCCUUGUAUGUUGUACCUGGCAAUUGUCACAAGUGCACCUGUAAAGAUAUAUUGAUGAAAUUUA